UCCUUCUCAUUUCUCCUCUGUGAGCCAAACUCGUCUGCCCUCUGCCCCUCCUGCCAAAAGAAACCGCACCUUACUCAGCAGUCUGUGCCCUUAGGCGAACAAACCAAUUUGUGCAGCAAGAAAGCCUGUCAAACUAGCGCCCUGCUUCUCACAUGUGAGGGAAAGAGGGAUGACACCUGAGUCGAGUCAGUUGAACAUGCCUGCUUGCCUGUAUCUGCUUGUCUGUUUAUUUUUUUUAUAUUAGUAUGUUCUUUUCACUUGGAGCAGCCUAUAAAAAUAAGGAAAAACAUGCUCAGACUGUACCAUUUUCUUGUUGACAUGAUAACAAGGACCAAUACUUGUGUAUUAAACAUAAAUUAAAUCCCUGUAAUGGAUUAACACAGUGGUUCUUUUGCUGUGGAUUAAAGAAGUUUUAAAGUGGAUAAAGAAUUUACUCCGGAAAUAAUUCUCAUUGAUUGAUUAUUUCAUCAAAUGCUCAACACUAAAACCACACAGUCCUUUUAAAUAAUUUUGGGAUGAUUCAUUAAACGUCAAUCACAGCUAGAUAACAUAAAAUAUAACUAAAACAUAGUCUAGCAGUCAAAUAAACAUUUUGUUUCUGUUGAAAGCAAAUAUAUUUCUCAAGACCUCAUGUUUUAUAGAUCUGUUUGAAGUUCUUGUUGCGUUCUUACUACUUACUUGUGUCCACAUACUUUUUGUGGUAGGAAUGUGCUCGGGCCACAGAUAAAUCAGAAACACCAAAGAGCAACUAAGCAACCAAAAGGGCAACCAGGCUUGAUAUCUGUCAAAAGAUUGUAUUUAAAAAAUCCGCCAUAUUAAAAAGCACAACUUACCGUGUUUCCUUAGUCCUAACCCUCCAAAACCUUUUGCUCCAAACUCCUUGCAAUCUACAAAAACCAAGCUACUAAUUAGCAAUAUCUCCACAAUUUUCUUUGCUUGUGAGCAAUUUUAUAUUGAGAUGUCAAAACAGUUCUUUUGUUCUUCAAUAUUUGAUGUUUCCAUUGUGUUCCUGGGUGCAUUUUUAAGUCAUUAAAAGUCACCCCCCUCACCAGAUUCUGCGUCUUUAUUCAUUCUUACUGUGUGUUUUGGAAACUAAUGAGUCACCAAACAAUGCAGAAGGUAAACAGUACUCUAACCUUUUUGUUGUUUGCUUGCUUUUUUCUUUUUUGUAACCGUCUCCAGAAUAACCUCGUGUCCCUGUAGUACUUUAGAACUUACAAUUUUUCUAACGUUUUAAAUUACAAAAACAGCAUGUUGGAAACUUUUUACUUUUUUUUUUAUUCCUCUUUCUUUUCUAUCUUUUCAUUUUUACUUCUUAUCUUUCGGGUGGGUGGGAAUAAUUUACUGUUCAGCUUUUAUUGCUCAUCUUUUUUGUUUCAUUUUUAUAUUCCAGGAGGUUUCUUCUGAAGCAGGGAGUGUCUGCAUAUAAAAUCAUCUGCAGUCCUCUGCUUCAUAGAUGCCAAGUUCUAUUCUCUGACCAUGGAUGGGCCACGCAGCACCUCCAGCUCCACCAUCAGUUCCUCCGGUUCCCUCAGUGACCAGAAGCCUGCUCAUAACAGAAAUGUGGAUCCAGAGGACAUCAGAAGUACCCGAGUGGUCCCAGAGGUUAUUGGAAUUGAGGUUGGGAGUGGGAAUUGCAGCAGCGCUGUUAACGGCAGAUGUAAUGCUGAGCUUGGAGCGGUCAGGGGUGCUACGUCUCAGGAGGCCCAAACGCACCAUCAGAUGACUCCAUCGAAACGCCGCACCAUUCUGAACAUCUCUCCCCCUCCUCAAGACCUGCUGGAUGAUAGCCGCAUGUCCUGCCAGGAUGAAGCUCCGCUGGACUCUGAGCUGAGUAACAGCAUCUGGAUGGAUGACUCUCUGUCUAAUUUCAGUGUCAUGAGCACGUCUUCGUACAAUGACAACACCGAGGUGCCACGAAAGUCCCGCAAGCGUACCCCUCGACAGCGGCCCGGUCCUAAGGCUGCGCCUGCAGCAAAUGCCAACACGGAUGUGUUUGAUGCUGACAGCGCUAACGGGCCCCAUUUUGUCCUGUCCCAGCUCGGCCCUGACACCAAAACUGGAUCAAAAGGAAGCUCUGAAGAUCCUCCGACACCAGUACAGAAAGGAGGAAUUCUUUCGAUGCAAUUCCCACAGAAGUGUGAAGGGAAGGAGCUGAAGAUCCUCGCCCAGCCUGAGACUCAGCACCGAGCCCGCUAUCUGACUGAAGGCAGCAGAGGAUCAGUGAAAGACCGCACCCAGCAGGGCUUUCCUACUGUCAAGCUGGAGGGAGUAAAUGAGCCAGUGGUCUUGCAGAUUUUUGUUGGCAACGACUCCGGUCGAGUUAAGCCUCAUGGAUUUUACCAGGCUUGCAGGGUGACUGGUCGGAACACUACAGCAUGCAAGGAGGUCAAUAUUGAUGGCACAACUGUCAUUGAGGUGGUCCUUGAUCAAAGCACCAGCAUGACACUGGCGGUUGACUGUGUUGGGAUCUUAAAGCUGCGUAAUGCCGACGUGGAGGCCCGUAUCGGUGUGGCCGGUUCCAAGAAGAAGAGCACGCGCGCUCGGCUGGUGUUUCGAGUCAACAUCCCUCGUUCAGAUGGAUCUGUGCUCACGCUUCAGGCUCCCUCAUCCCCCAUUCUUUGUACUCAGCCUGCGGGAUUACCUGAAAUACUGAAGAAGUCCCUUCACAGUGCUUCAGUGAGGGGUGGAGAGGAAGUCUUCAUCAUUGGCAAAAACUUUCUGAAAGACACCAAAGUCAUUUUUCAUGAAAACAGUUCCGAUGAGAAAUCUUGGAAGGCAGAAGCUGAAAUUGACAUGGAGCUGUUUCACCAGAAUCAUCUGAUAGUCAAGGUGCCUCCAUACCAGAACCAAGCCAUAACCUCCUCGGUGUGUGUGGGAGUUUAUGUGGUGACAAACGCUGGGAGGUCUCAUGACGUUCAGCCGUUUACCUACAGUCCAGAUCCAGACAAUCUUGCAGUGAAAAAUGAUGUAGCUGUAAAGACAGAGAUGCCCUCCCCGGUGACCACUUGCUCUUUUGAUGAGCAAAUCAAAGAUGGUGCCUUAAUGCCUCCCAUAUUGCCUUUAGUGAAGAGAGAAGAUUUCACUCCGAUGGAGGUGACGAGUAACCUUCAAUCUUCUGGAGUGUUUAAGCAGAGUGUUGAUCUUUGUUCAACGCAGCAGAAUUCAGACAUGACGGCUGGACAACUCAACAAUAGCAUCGCGUUUAGUAGUAACCUGGCUAAUCAAGCCGGUGAACCGGAUAAUGGCAAGGCAGCUGCGUACACCAACCCUGAGCCUUUAAGUACCAUCCAGAAGCAGGACAUUGCCCCAAGUUGUGCAUUCUCUUUAUCUGCUGAGUCCCUGCUCCCACAGGCCCCACAGCAGUUCCUGGUGGAGUCCAGAGAUGGUCUUCAGCAGGACAUGUCAGUCAGUAGCUCUGAGCCUGUAGGGAGGCUCUGUGCUGAACCUGCACCCCAGCAGCAGCAGCAGCAUCUGCCGCUGUUUCCUCAGGAUGAAGUAGCUCAGCUGGAGGAGGCAGUGAGACAGCUUAAAGCUAAAGGAUACUGUAGUUUGCCGCUUCAGUCUGACAACUCGAUAGCUAAACAGCAUCAGCAACAGCACAUCCAGCACCAACAGCAGAUCCAAAACCAGCAACUUCAGCAGCAACAGAUCCAGCAACGGCAGAUCCAAAAUCAGCAAAUUCAGCAGCAACAAAUUCAGCAACAGCAGAUCCAAAACCAGCAAAUCCAACAGCAGCAAAUUCAGCAGCAACAGAUCCAGCAACAACAUAUCCAAAACCAGCAAAUUCAGCAGCAACAGAUUCAGCAACAGCAGAUUCAGCAGCAGCAGGCUCUAGAGAAUUUACAGCAGCAGAUUUUGCAGACUCAGAUCCAGAUGCAGUGUGGAUUAUUUCAGGACGCCCCACAGGGCGAAACUGCAGAACCCUCUCAAACGCUUGUGACAAACCAGGGAUCGCUUUUCCAGUCGGAUCAACAGCAGCAGCAGAAUCAGUCUGAGCAACAACAAGCAGCUCUUUUUCAGCAGGCAAAUGACCUUUGCUCCAUGCAGACCAGCUUUCUCCAGCAGACUCCUUCUCAUUCAUCCCCAUCCAUGUUCCACAAUCCCACUUCUUUGGCCGAAACGCAAGAUCCACAGGGGUCUCUUUAUCAGAAGGCCUCCCAGGAGCAGGUCCAGGCUGCUCUUUUCCAGAGCACCAUGACAGUGCUACAGUCUCAAGAGCAACAACCUGCAACCACUGGACUUUUCCUCCCUCAGAGCUCCCUUCCCACCCAGCUUUCAACUAAUAGUUCUCCACAGCAACAGCAGCAGCUGGCCUUCCUCACUGCUCUACAAUCCUCUUCACCUGAGCAACAGCCAGUAUUUCAGACCCAGGCCCCAAUGUCAGCUAUCCAGCAAAGAAGCCCUAUGGAGCAGCAGCAGGCCUCCCAGCAUCAGCCUCUCACACAGCCCACCCAACAAACAUCUCUGUUUCAGACUAUAUCCCCGCACUCGUCUCCCAACAGCCUGUCACCAGGCCAGCAGCAGCAGCAGCAGGCAGGGUUACUGUUUUGCACCAAUGGUUUGUCCCCACAGCCUCCAGCAUCCAACAUUAUGUACACCAACCAAGGGCAGAUGCCCCCCCUUACCAGCAGCAAUUUGGAGCCACAGAAGUCCCAAAACCCAUCUCUACCGUUUUCCCAAACCAGCAUGGUGACAGUGAAUCAACAGAAUGGACCAGAGCCCAUGUCUUUAGGGAAUCCAGCUAAUCCCCAACAGCAAGUCCUGUUUCAGGAGCAGCAGCCCAUGCAGCUGGGUGGCAACCCCAACAACCAACAGGAGCAGCCCGUGGGCCUCUUCAUGCCCCAGUCCAACAUCCAAUCUCUGCAAGGGGAACUAGCUGCACAGGAGCUUGCACAAACGGCCAUGUUUGCCUCUCAGAACGGUGUGACCAGCCUUCAAACGACGACUUCCUCUUCAGUUCAACAACCAGGAAACCUGUUUCAAAACGCGGUGAAUCCGCCCAGCCAAACCCAGCAGGCAGGCCUGUUCCUUUUCAGUAUUCAAAAUGAAUGUGACCAGUUGAUGAACACUCCUGGGAACACACUUACAGAUCAGAUAAUAGCAAUCAGCCAGUCUGGUCAGAACCAACGAGAGAGUGACGCCCGCAUUCAGUCGCUGCUCAGCCAAUCCCUGUCUCAGCCUGUGACUGUGCAAAGCAGCAUGUCAGCCUCCCAGAACAUGGAGAAGAUUGAUGACCUACUAGUCAGCCUGCAGGAGUCCAAUAGCAACUUGACACGAUCAUUUUAACAGAUCUAGUUGUUUGGAGAUUAGUUUUCUUAUUUUUUACUGUAAACAUUGGAAAUUGUUUAGAAAUUCCCAAAGAAAAACCCCUUCAAACUGUAUGUGAUAUGAAUGACAUGCAGGUAAACAUCUGCAAGACUAUUUGAUGACCUAAUGUUCUGUUUUUUCGAUGAUUUAGGAGGAAGUGUCCACAGAUGGAGAUCUGCUGGUCCUUAUCAGUCAGACUUUUUGGCCACAUAGCUGACAUACGUUCAGGUGUAGAAAUCAUGUCUGAAGUUUCUGGCUCAACAGGUUGACCUUAAAAAUAAUUCAUCUGACGACAGACUCCCUUCUUGUGAUUAAAACUUAUACCAAAAUAGAUGCAUACUUUCCCUCUGGAAAAAACUAGUCAGCGAGUUUGAAGCCCAUCAUGUGUUUGUGCUGAAGAUGGCGUGGGCAGGUGAGCUUGAAGGAUUGGGUGGUGUGUGUGGCUGAACUGUAAGUAGACAUGGUGGAUAAAAGGUCCAGGCAGGUUAGCAGGAUGCAAAUAAACAUGCAGUUAAAGAAUAGUAAAAAGGAGUCAGAAAGGAUUUACCGUCAAUGCAUCUGACUAGUGUGAAUGCGUAAGGCAGAUUUAUUGAAUUUCAGUAAGUGUGCUACAUAGAAGUUUAAAAAUCUAUAAAUAUUCAGAUAUUUUUCUACAAGUUUGGUUAAAAUUGUCUGAUGUAGGCUGAAAAAUAUGGAAAAAUGUUGGAUUUUUUUAUUAUUUUUUUUUUUAGUGAUGCAUGUUUAUUUUCCUCUGAGACCUCUCAUUUGAUAGCAGAGUUUUAAUGUACAUAAAUAGACAUUUAAGAAGACAAUCAAAAUUAAUUUCAUUCAGAUAAGAUAUUUUUACAUAGGUAUAGUCAAAUUUUCAGUCAAUGUGUCAAUAAGAUGAAUUUUAUUGUAAUAUUUUGUACAAAACAUGAAUAAAAAAACAGAGGCAAGAUUGAGAUCCUUGUAGCCAAAACAACCCAUCUUUGGAAUAGCAUAAAAAUACUGGACACUGAAAAAUCUUUCUCUUUCAGUUAAAAACAACUUUUCAUUGAAUAAUUUUUAAAAGAUGGUGUAGGGUUAUUAGGAUAUUUGACUCAUCCGGUAGUCGAGUUUGUUGUUCUGUCAUAGUGAAAUGAUUGUUUUUCUGUCAUUUCUUUUGCAUCACUGUCAGGCGAGUGGGAACUGGAAAGCUAUCCAGCAGCAAAAAGAAAAAGCUAUCUUACUGGUUUUGUAAAUGUGAAGGAUUUGAAGAGGAGAAGCAACAAAUUGUUUGGUUGUAACUCUGCCCGUUAGAAGAGGAGCUCAUUUUACAUGUUUAAGUUUGACAGAUAAAAUGCUCUUGUCAGAUAGAAGCCAGCGAGGAUGAAGACAAAAAUUUGACUCAAGUCUUGCUUUUUAUAACCCCUUAUACCAGGCCAGUUUUAUGGCUCACAGCUUCUUUUUUUUUUUAAUUAGUUCUGAUUUGCAGUUUGAGAUUGACAUUUUAAAAAAAUCUUUUAGCCUGUUGAAAAAGGUUUGUUUCCUGUUUGUUUUUCUGUGCUGUUGGUUCUUUGUUUUCUUUUUUGAGCAAAGCCAAACUGUGUGUGACGUGUUGUUCCAUUGUGUGUAGUGAGUGUGUGUGUGUGUGUGUGUGUGUGUGUGUGUGUGUGUGCGUGUGCAUAAACACAGGGCUGGUCUCUGAUGGUAAAAGAAAUGAACUCUGUGUUUGCCUUUACUGGUUUAAUGCUUUCAAUGUUUCUUAGAAAAUACUUUAACACCGUUACAGUUUAUAUUCACUUUAUAGUCACACGUUUUUUUUUUUUAUAAAGAAAAUUUGUAAAGCUGACAAAUGUGAUGCAUGUGAUGAUGAUUGUGUGGGCAGCCUGGACAGUUUGAGUGUCUUUUUGUUUUUUGAUCAGAACCCAACUCCUGAAGGAAACCUGACUUUUGAGAGGAGAGCUAUCUGACACAGGCUUUCUACUUGUGAAAAAGAAAAACAAAUUGUGUCUUUGUUUAGUAUUUAUGAUUUCUAAUGUUUUUGAAUGGAGAAAUGUACAUUUACUUUUUUUUAUCUGUAAAAGUGCCUAUGCUUUUUUUUUUUUUUUUUUAAACUAUAUCUAAUUUAUUUGUGCAAUGUUUUUUGUUGUUUUUCUUUUCCCAUCAAAUUAUUUUCCUAUAAUCAGAAUCAUAGUAAUGUUUCUAGCUCUGCUCCUAUUCAACUGCUGGUUCUUUCCUCACCUCCAGCCGGUAGGGCCCUGCCCUGGGACCAAGUCACCAGUGAAGUGGCUCCCUCCUCCUGUUAUGACUAAAAUGAAUGUAGCAUUAUUGUGCUUCAAUUCUGUUGCGUCGAACCAAUUGAGAAUCUUCCAGGAAAACCCAACAAAAAGAAGUAAAAAAAAACUGUUUACUCACCCAUAGUAUGUUAUUUGCAGUCUGGUUUAAAACAAAUUAUGUUUGGAUUUUGUUCUUCUGAUUUGCUUUGUGAAAAGUUUUUUUUUUUUUUUUUGGGAGCUCUUUUUCCAACUGAAAUAAAUUCUAAUUGCAACUUUUUUUUUAAAUCCCUCUUUAUCAUGUUGUGGAAUCUCGACGUUUUCAUUGUUGCCCCACGGUUUUGCAGCUGUUACUAGACCUGUUCACACUUUCUUUUUUUUUGUGGACAGAUCUCCUGAUGUUUUGUGGAGCUUGUAUAAUGACAUAUGGUAUGAAUCAAUUGCAAAUGAAUGUGCAGGGUUAUUUCUGUAGAUUAACCACAAUAAUGUGACCUUGACCUAAUGUUAUCAGUAAAAUGGCUCCACACUGUCAAACCAACUGAAUUCCAGUAUUUGUUAACUCAAUGUGAUUAAAAAUGGGGAAUGUUGAAAUGUCCUUGUUGAUUUUUAUUUUUUAUUUUGCGUUUGGUGAUGCACUUAAUGGGGAGGUAAUUACUUUUUGUAGUUACAGUGUCCUCAUCUGUGUUUGUAUGUACAGUGUAAACGGAAGUCGGAGAUGAAUGACUCAAUUUAUAAUCAGAACUGUGAGGAAAAGACGGAGAUUUUGUACAAGUUCUCAUAUUUUUUUCCUGUUAAUUACACUUUCUUUAUUAUUAUUUUUACAUUGAUGGCCAAUAUGGUACCAAUGUGGUAAGUUACUAGAACAAUGUUUAGGGCACAAGUGCAUGCUGGGUGCACCAACGGUCAUCAACUGGAAUGUUUUAGGCCUUAAUGCAGCAGGUGAGCUUUAACUGCUGAAUAACGAUAGCUGCAGAGAUGAGUUUUAGAUGGAUGAAUAAAUGUUAAUGUUAGCCAUUGUCUUUAAUGCAUCUAAUCGGUUUGUGUUCUAGUGUCUUUAGCGUGUAUGUUAUUUAAUGUAGAUGCGGACUGUUGGUUUUCCAAAACUGCUAUGCAGGUGAUAUACUUUAUUGUUGUUUUCAAGAUUUUUUUAUUAAGAGCCUCACUGUUUUCUUCAUAAUGACUAAGCCAAAUAGGUAUUUUUCCUUUUUCUUGAUGUCUGUUCUUGGGAGAAAACUAUGCUUAUUCUUAAAAUGUAUUUUUUUUCAACUUUUUCUUUAGAAAACAUAAAAACACAUAUUUGAACACUUUUUUUUACCAUGUAAACAACUUGAAAAUUAUAAUAAAAACAAUAAAAAAAUAAAGCUUAAAUGCAGUUUGUGAACUUGGUUGGGAUACUUUUAUUUUCCUGUCAAGUGUCUGUAAAGUUGCUACAAUCUUUAAACUAGUAUACCUGAAGUUAAGUUUAGUUUUAUUUCUUGUUUUUGAUGGAAGCUGUUGCGUGUGAGGAAGAGCUGUGCUUGCGUGUGUGCGUGACCCAUAAGAGCAGCAACUUCCUGUUUCAGUAUAAAAUAAUCAUAAUAUUCCGCUGUAUAUGCCAUUGCUUUCUUAGUACUAUACAAACUUUAUUUUAAUGUGAUUUUUUUAUUAAAAUGAUAAAAGGAAAAUUGAUUAUCAAUUCAAUGUUAGUUAUUUUUACUAUUGAACAAAAUAAAAAAGGAGAAUAA